GUUUUGUUCGGCGGGCGGACAUAUUUACUUCUCCAUUUGUGUAAAAUAUCCUCGUUUUUACCACUCUAGGCGCCAGUGGUCUCUCGAAAGGAUACUGUAGUUUAUUUAAGGUAAGAAGUAAGCCGUGUAUCACUUAGCGGAGGGAGAAACACUGGAGUGAGUUGAAAUAAGAGAAGAAGUGGAGGGGUGGCUUGCUACAGCAAGCGAACUCGGCUAAGAGCGGCAAAACUCACCCACCGCUUCACAAACACGACGUGACUUUUAUCAUCUGUCAAAAAUAUACCACUUAACUCACCCGAGGGCCUUAAUUAACCCCAUAAAAUUAAAGGUCUCGUUCAAGUUAUCCAUGUGAGGUCAUUGUAUACAGAGGGUUAAUAUGGAAAUUAUACGUAAAAGUGAGGUUAAAAUAGACUAAUUGUGAGGACAAGUAGGCACAUAAUGUUAGCUGUGUAGCAGUAAACAUUGAGAGCAUUUGGCCUACGUUGAUUGACAUUGAUUCCCACGUGAACAGCUUACACUUGUUGCUGACGGAGUUUGGAGUGGCUAGCUACGCAAUGGAUCAGUUGUAAUGUGCAUUUCCUUGCACAGGUUCUGGCUAAUUGGCUUCAAUGAGUCGUUUGGUUUUCGAGAGAGUUUAUCAUAGUAAAAACCCUGUGUAAGAGGCACAAACGACCUGCAAAAUACAUGGCCAUUGGAGCAUGGAAGUAUUGUGCAGCCAGUUUGCCUAAUGGGGGUUCUCAGUCAUGACCAUCAGUUAACAAUAAAACAGGGACCCCGAACCCAUGGUCCUGAGCACACUGGUUUCCUCAUAGCCCGGCCUGAGGUUGUUGGAAAUGGAGUCCGACGACCAGGAGUAUGUGGAGUCUGGUUCUGGGGUGAUGGUGUCCAACCUCCCCCUCCUUUUUUCCUGGGGUAGCCCAUCAUCCCUUCAUGAAAUGAGUCUGGCUGAGCUGGAAGUGUUUGUCCCAUUUAUGGUGCGUUGCAGUAUUGGAGAGGAACGUCAAGUACCAUGGGCACAACUCCCAAGACCUACCUGGUGGCCAAAGAAACGCCCAUUCCGCAUGCCAACAGCCUUCAAUACCAUUGCCACACGGGCAGCUUUGGUGGACCUGGUGGAGCGAUGUUACAGUUUCCAUGGUUGCGAGUACCUGUUACAGUUUUGUGCCUCACUGGUAUCUCAGAUGCCUGUGUCCGGUUAUCGUUUUAAUGAUAACCGGGAUGGCACCACCUCUAUGUAUCAUGGGACUACUGGCAAACUCCUCGUCACCUUCAGGAAUGAGAACAGGGACUAUGAUAAGGCCUUCCCAGAUGGACGAGGUAGAGAUGCCACCAAGAAGCUGCUCCUGUCCCCCAGUGCCCACACGGGGGAAAGGAAAGGCACCAAUGGCACCAAGGCCAUGUUUCAGCCUCCUGCCACUGACAUUUACCUCUGUGACAAAUGCGAAAAUGAAUUCUAUAGUCUGCGGGAAGUGCAGACCCAUGAAAAACAGUGUCGUGGAGAUGUUCCGUCAUCUCCGGCUGUCCCCUCACCUGAGCCUGACCUUAUAGAUGAUGAGCCUGAGCCAGCUGGCCAAGUACCGUUCCUUUCAUACUUCAACCUUCAGCCAGCCAAACACACUGGUGUGGAGCCAUAUAUGUCCCCAAGAAAGAGGAGCACUUCUAGCCCUCCCAGAAAAAUCCCCGGGCCAAUGUACCCACGCUAUGAUUCUAUAGCCAUCAGUUCUCCCCUAGGAAGAUUUUUGUUUGCUAAUUCUAAAUUCCGUAACAAAUAUCAAGCAUCACAGCAUUAUGUGAUGAGAUAUGAACGCCACCUCCAUGCUACCCGACACACCGAUGUAAAUUCCGGUAGAGAAAGAUGCAAUAAUCGAUGGAUUGUUGUAUGGCGGGACAGAAAGGAGGAACAGCCAUGGGUGCACCUCUACUGCUUUACUAGUGGACAGAGGCAAGAGCGUAGGAUCACCAUUAACACAGGACUAAACCGGGGAAGCAGACGACUAAUGAGACUUUGUCGGCCAGUGAAGAUCGUAUUAAAACGACUAAAGAAAAGCCCAGACAAUAGAUUAAAGCAGGUGGAAGAAUCAACAGCUCCUUGUAUUGACUUAACUGUAGAGAACCAGAUGGACCAUAGAUGGACACUUGAUGGAUAUUCCAAUUUGCCUGUAAAUAACCGCUUGCCUGAUUCUAGAGCACAGUUGUACACAAAUGAAAGCUAUGAAGCAUCAUCAUCUGGAAGAGCUGUUGGCACAACACAGUGGUUGCAUGGUAUUCAGCCUUUGUGUGGUCCUGGUGGAAGUGGAAUUUUAUCUCCUGGAGGAAUGUUUAAUAGUAGUCUCACCCCUAAGCACAUUGAUCAGUUGGGCAUACACGAACUAAAUCCAAAUGCCACGUUUCAACAGAAUUCUUUGAAAAUGAUUCCUUUGCCCUCUCCAAGGAACCAGCCUUUAUUAACAAGUGAGCAAAUUAUUUUGCAGUCUAUUCUCAGUCAGAAAGCACAGAUGCAGAAGGUGGCUAGUAACAAUGUAAUGAGUCAGUCAUUAAUCUAUCCUGUUGAAGGAACAGGUGUUCCUAUGAAACUGAAAGAUUCUUCCCCUGCAGACAUAUCCAUAAUUCCAUUAAAUUCCAUUGCUUUGCAUAACUCAAGCAAUAAGCAAUUAAAUAGUGAUAAAUUGAAGCCAUUGUCAAGAAGAAAAUAUGGUAUUUGUGAUCAACAAUCUAGUGUUCAGGGAUUUACAGUAAGUGAACAGAGUAGUAAUAACUCAAGAGUAGGUGUACCAGUUCCCAAUGAAGCUCUGCUUAGGUCUCCAGGUUACCACCGUGGUCAAAACAAGCAAAUCACAUCAACCCAUAGUGAAAGUUUGCCAAAGGGCAACCAAAAUAUUUAUUCCCACAUAGUGCCUGACGUGUCAGAGAGGAACAGUAACUCGGUGCCAAUAAACAACACCAAUGUUUCUCUCUCCAAUGUCUCACAUACCAAAACAAUCUCUUGUAUUGAAAUAAUUGAUCUCUCUAGUGAUGAUGAUGAUGUUGUUCGGGCUCGCGGACAGAGUGAAGCAGACAAUGCCCCACAGCAAUUGGAUGGUCUAGCAUGCUAUCCACAUACUGGUGCUAAAGUGCCAGAUUCUUCUGACUAUUCCUUGCCAAAAAAUGGGAAUAGCCAUUGGUCGUCAAAACAAAAGUCCCACUGUGGAGCCGGACGCGUAGGGGACUUGGCGACCAAUGGCCAGCCGCCGAACGUCCCGCCCAAUAUAGCAACAUUGCCCGUCCCACAUGUUUUGUUCCUACCCAACAACACCGUUUCACCAUCAGCCAGCCAAGGCCCUGAAACCAAAGGUAAUAGCCGUAAACGGAAAAGUCAAGAGCCUCAGUGUGGUGGUGGAAAGACCUUAAUAUUAGACAUUUCAAAUACAAGGGUGAAUGUCUCUUCAAAUGGGAGUGUCAGACAUGUGCCUCUACCCUCCAGAGGGUGUACUCGUAUAUCUCCUGAGGAAGACGACCAAGUUGUUGUCAUCCCAAAGGAGAUCAUUCCUGUUACCCAAGAAGAAUUAAGCACUGCUCAUGUAAAUGCUGUGCCCUUAACUGAAGCCAAUUUUCACAGGGUAUCAAAUCAGAAUGGUGCCUUUGGAAACAAAAAGUAUGCCCAUGAAAACUCAAAAAUGUUUAGAGUGGAUAAAGACAUUAGUUUUAAAUCUCCAUUUCAUAUAGCUGAAGAUAACUCCUUUAAUAUUAUAUCAAUUAAGGAAAGACAAAUGAAGUGUAAGAAGACUGAGGAAACUAUGACUCCAGAGAAGGGGAUGAUGAUUAAUCCAAAUAAACAUUUCCCUGUGAUUGGAACUCCAGUUGGUGGACUAAUAAAUAGCAUAGUGAAUACUGUUAGCAAGGGUGUUGAAUUUUUUAAGUCUUUGGUGGGAACUGAAGGAAAUGGUGAUUGUAGGCAUUAUUCUAAUGGCAAAAUCUCUGAAAGUGAGAAUUCUUUACUUAAGCUACAUAGAGAACAGUCCAUUUUAGGAAAAUCUGUAAAAAAAAAGGAUAAUGAUAGACUGGAGGCCGAAGGUGUUACAUUCAGUGCAUGUUUGUUUAGAGAGAAAAGAAGCCCUUUGGAAGUGAGGAAACUUCUUCAUGACGAGUGCCGGGAACUUAAGUGUAAAGGGCUGGGAGAACUGAGACAACUAGAUUUGCAGGAUACUAGAUUAACCAGAAGAUCUGUUGAAAGAUAUACUCCCAGCAGAGCACGAAGAAAAAAUAUUUGCGUGUUAGAAAAUCGUGAAGAUUUAAAUCCCCUAAGUAAAUAUGAAAUAAAACCUGUAAAUAUGUCUAAAAUGAGUGCCACUGAUAGUUGUAAUUUAGGAACUAUACCAGAGUCAAACAAAGUUACUACUGCUAACAUUCAUCACUUGGGCCCUUCAUCAAUAUCAAGAGAGGGUACUUCUGGUUGCACAGACGAAAAUGGGAAUUCUGCCUCAUACAUGAAGCUUGGUGUGGAAUCAAAUGAUAAUUGUCCAAUUGGUACAGUCACAAGAGAGUUAAAAUUUGAAGAAUUUUCAGAAAACAAAAAAAUUUACAGUGGGACUAAAGCUAGUGAAUGUAUUCUUCAUGGAAAGGAACGUUCACAAUCAAAUGAUGGAAGAACACUUGUAGAAACAUAUAAUAGUAAGCCUGUGAAAAAGUUAGUGCCGAGUGUAUCAUUUUUAAGAAGUAAGGUAGUUUUUUAUAAAAAAUCUAGUAUUACUGCAGGAGGCCUAAAGAAUAUAUCAAGAGGAGGGAGAAAAAGAUUUAGCAUUAGUAAAAGAGAACUUUUAAAUCUUGCCACAGAUGAAUGGAAGGAAAUGCGUAAAAGAGGAUUUCACCCGGUUAAGAACAUGAGACCUGUUUUGAAUAAGGUGAUCCACACAGAAAACCAUAUUCCUCAAACAGAUAGAUUAUCAACAAGUGUCGCCACUUUACUCAAUAUGUAUGGGGUAGAGGAGCCAAAAAAGAAAUAUAAGAAAAUGAGUAAAGAAAAGAAAGUCUCGAAAGAAAUUAGAGCACUUGUCCAAGAUGAAUGGAAGGAAAUGAGUCGGAUGGGUUUUCGUCUUUCCGAGUUACCAGAGAUUAGAAGAGCAAUGUUGAGAAGUACACAAUAUGAUAAAGUUAAUUCUCCUAAGGGAGAUGAAGUGGGUGUUUCUCCUACAGUCCAUUCUGAUGCAAGGCUGGAGUUUAUGGGCAAAACAGCAGAAGAGUGUGGUGCUCUGCAGGCACAAACUCCCAAUCCAGAAGAUCCAAGAAAAGAUAAACACUUCAUUGAAAUAGGAAAAAUCAUAACAUCUGACUCAGGAACCUCUGAGUCAUUGGUUUUAAACACUGUAAAAACAUGUACAGGAGAGAGUAAUGUAACUAUUAAAGAUGGUGUAGUUAGUGAAAUACCAUCAGAAUCAGUUGCAAGAACAGGAGCUGGAAGUAAAAAGAAAAGAUAUCCAUCUCUCAUCAGAGAGCUGUGCAACCUAGGGAGGGAUGAGUAUAAAGAACUACGUGGAACAGGCUUCCAUCCAGCAGAUUUAGUCGGUUCAGAAAAAGUGAAAUAUCUUAAUGCCAGUUCCGAUGAAGAAGAUGAUCCUUCAUACUUUUCAAAAACUGAAUCACCAAUCGAAAAGCAUGAGCCUUACAUGAGAGAGCGAGAAAAAAAGAAAGUAUCCUUGAAAAUAAGUCGCGAACUUUCUGGUCUUUUAAGUGAUGAAUGUAAGGAACUGAAGGACUUAAGGGGGUCAUUAAAAAAAUUUAAAUCUUAUAAUAGUAAACAAAGGGUCAAAGGAGAGGCUAGGACACAGACUGGUUAUAGAAAACUAAGAGCUAUAAGAAGUGUUUUACCAACAACUUCUUUACAUACCUCUUCAGCUGUCAUAUCUGAAUCUGGUGUCGCAGGUAACUCUACCAAAAAACGUAUGUGGUGUCAGACAAGAAGCACACGGUCCCAGGUUAAUCAUGUUCUUAGUAAUAUUGAAGUGUUCACGCCUCGAAGUUCACACCGACAAAUUUUACGAUCAGAAACAGCCAUGUGUGUGCUAAAUUACCAUAUACCAAACAUAAACUAAGUAUUUAGUUUUUUAAUGGAGAAGGUUUUUACUCUAUCAGGGUUCAUUUAGACUUUCUUUUCCUAAGUCUUUCAUUCAAACUGUAUUGUGAUAUGACAUCAAAAUUUUAAGAUCCCGUGAAUAUCUUGGAUGUUAUUGAGAAAGUUUUUUGUCAGUGUUGUACAGUUAAUAAUUAUCCUAAAUACCUGAAACACA